UCCUGCUUCCUCGACCCCCACAACGACUCGCCACGUCUAGACGUGCCUGCAGGCCCGCUCCUCACAGCUUGCAGUCUGAAUCCUCUCUGGCCAUCUUCUUUCUCCUCCCUCACACCCUCUAUUGCGUCGCUCGACACGAUUUUUCCGUCAGGGGAACCCGCCCAGGGACGUCAUGGAAACUGAGAACAUGAUGCAGCCCAGACCCUCCGCCCGUACACGCAUCCCGACAGCUGGUCUGCGAGAGAUGAACCCAGCCUCGACAAAUGCCCGCUCCGGUCUGAUGCAACCCGGCACCAUUGCAGGCGCCGCCACCAGCAAGUCUUCGACCCUCUCGCAACCCUCACGCCCGCGAAGCACCACACAAGCACCCGAGGUUGGCAGAGCCGGAGCCGGAGCACCGUCGCGCGUCGGCAGCAGUACCGCAAAGCUUCACACUCGCGCCAACUCGCACUCUACCCUGACCCGAUCUGCCUCCACCACAACACGAACGAAAGGAGCGACUUCAUCUGCCCAUGGCCCCCCACGACCGCACACGAGCAUGGCGCGUACACAUUCUGUCGCCUCCCGAAGACCACAUGGCCAGGCCAUUCCCCGCCCGGCGACGUCGAUGGAUACACAUAAUGAGGAGGAUCCAACCGCCAGCGUUCUAGGAAAACGUAAGGGUACCGAGUGGGACCAGGAAAGCCGGGAGAAAUCCAUCGAAGCCCUGAUGAACACCUUCAUGACGCAAUUCAACCAAGCCGGCCAGGAGAGCUCUGGUCUCAAGGAGGCACUCCAGAUGUACAAGUCCAGAGUCACCGAACUGGAAGGAGCACAAAAAGAACUCAUGGAGACGAAUGUGUCGCUUCGCGUUGACCUCGAAUCCCUGAAGAGCCGACUUGGAGCGACGGGGGAUGCCUUUAGAAGCGCGCAGAGAGACCACGAAAUGGAGAUGGACGACCUCAACUCUCGCCAACAGAUUGAGUUGGAGUCAGUGCGAUCAGAGGGUAGGAAAGAGUUGGAGGCAUUGAACUCACACCAUCAGGAGGAAAUCCGGGAGUUGAGACGACGCUUUCAACACGAGCUAGAAGAUCAGAAAGCUGUCCAGUUCCGGGAAAUCAGUCAGCUCACAUCGCAGACAGCCAUUGACACGCAAAGGGUGAACAUUGAGCUUGACAAGAAGAACCGGGAAAUCGCGACGUUGCAGGAUGACAUGCGGGUUUUGCGGGCAGAACUUGACCGCGAGCGCAAGAACAACCGGGACCUCCGACACAACCUGGAUACGGCUAGCAGCAACAGCGUGACAAUGGAGUCGUCCGUCCGGGCGCUGAAGGCACGGAUCGAAUUCCUCGAGGGUGGACGAGAGGAGCAAUCGCAGGCCUUCGAGCGCCUGAACCAGCAAAUGAACGACGCAUUGUCCGAGACCAACGCGACAAAGGAGAAGCUGCGCAAGGAAGAAACGCUGAGAAGGAAGCUUCACAACCAGGUGCAGGAGCUCAAGGGAAACAUCCGAGUGUUCUGCCGAGUCCGCCCAUCACUGCCCUCCGACCCUCCCACGGCAGUGGCCCAGAUCCAGUUCCCCGACGAGGCGGAGGACAGCAAGGAGAUCGCACUCCAGGGCCCCGAGGAGAAAAGCAGUCUCGGUGUCGUCUCGAGGAAGAACAGCAACUUCGCAUUCGACCGCGUCUUUGGUCCGUCGACACAGAACGCGGAAGUCUUCGAUGAAAUCAGCCAGCUGGUCCAGAGUGCACUGGAUGGAUACAAUGUCUGCAUCUUCUGCUAUGGUCAAACCGGUAGUGGCAAGACGCACACCAUGUCCUCGCUGGACGGCAUGAUCCCUCGAGCCGUGCAUCAGAUCUACGAGACCGCCCGGGGCUUGGAAGAGAAGGGCUGGAGAUACACGAUGGAGGGCAGCUUCGUGGAAGUGUACAACGAGAACCUGAACGACCUGCUGGGCAACCCCGAAGAAUUGGAUAAGAAGCGGCUGGACAUCCGACACGACAUGCAGCGCGGAAAGACGAUUAUCACGGAUGUCACCACCGUCCGGUUGGACUCGCCUGAGAUGGUCGGGUCGAUCCUCAAGCGCGCCGCCUCCAACCGCUCCGUCGCGGCCACCAAGGCGAACGAACGGUCCUCCCGGUCCCACUCGGUGUUCAUUCUGAAGCUGAUCGGCGAGAACGACAUCACCGGCGAGCGCAGCGAGGGCACGCUCAACCUGGUCGACUUGGCGGGUAGCGAGCGUCUCAGCCACAGCGGCGCGACUGGCGAACGGCUGAAGGAGACCCAGAACAUCAACCGCAGCCUGAGCUGCCUGGGCGAUGUGAUUGCGGCUCUGGGACAGGGCAAAGAGGGCGGACACAUUCCCUACCGUAACAGCAAGCUCACCUACCUCCUCCAAUUCUCGCUCGGCGGCAACUCCAAAACGCUCAUGUUCGUGAUGGUCAGCCCGCUGCAGGCGCAUCUGUCGGAGACGUUGACGAGUCUCAAGUUCGCGACCAAGGUGCACAACACGCACAUCGGCACGGCCAAGCGACAGGCGCGCGUUCGUGAUUCCUGAUGAUACCUUUUUUGUUUCUGCGAUGUUUGGCGGCCUUCAUGAUCCAGGCCUUGGCUGAGGCGUUUGGUGUUUCUUUGGGACUGAGAUAUCGGCCCGUGUCUGUUUGUAUAUUGGAUUGGCGGGUCUUGGGAUUUAUGUGUUUGUAGCGUGGCAGUUGGGCUAGAGAGGAUGUUGAUUGAUUGAGAAGUUUAAUUGAUGUUGAGUUGAGAUUUCAAGGCAGUGUUUGGUUUACUCUCUUAAGCUGUAUAUUUAACCGUACUUGAUUUCAGCAAAGGUACUGCUCUGAAGCAUAUUCACGGGCUGGUAAGCCUCCAGAUAG